AUGGACGAGAGCGAUGAUCCCCGCUUUAUGGAGCUCGGCUCCCUCGAGGCCAUCUACCCCGAGAUCCGUCACCCUGACGCCAAGGACCCCUUCGCCUUUGAGAUUGAGCUCCCCGUCGAGCCCGCCGCUCCCGUCACCGUCACCUUCCCAGCAGCUUCUGCGCCCGCUCACCCGGGCCUGAACACCCCUGGCCAGGCCGCAGAGAAUGGCCAGCCAGAGGUGGAUUCUCUCGAGGUCUCGUAUCUCCCGUCCUUGCGGCUGCAGAUCCGUCUUCCCGAAGGCUACCCUGUAGAUGCACCGCCAAAAGUGCAGAUAUCGACGACGCCGCAGUGGUUGACGAAAGAGACCAUCAAGAGACUCGAGGAUGAUGGUCCGCGCCUGUGGGAUGAGAUCGGACGUGACAUGGUUGCCUUUACUUAUAUUGAUCACAUCCAGCGUGCUGCUGAGGAUGUCUUUGGGACCAUCAGCGCCGAGGGAACCCUCGAGGUUGACCCUGAGCACAAGCUCGCCGUGCUAGACCACGACAUUAAAUCCAAGAAGGCUGCCUUUGAAAGGGAAACCUUUGACUGUGGUGUCUGUCUUGACCCCAAGAAGGGAUCCAAGUGUCACAAGAUGCUCGACUGCGGUCACAUCUUUUGCAUACAAUGUCUUCAGGAGUUCUACAAUGACGCCAUCAAAGAGGGCAAUCUAUCCACUGUACGGUGCUUAGCACCAAACUGUGCCAAGGAGCGUGCUGCCUCUAAAGAGACCAAGAAACCAAAGGUCGCCGUGAGCCCCAGCGAACUUCUCCAGAUUGGCCUCGCCGAGGACAUGGUCAAGCGCUACGUUACGCUCAAGUACAAGACCGAGCUCGAGUCUGACAAGAACACCAUCUACUGUCCUCGCCAGUGGUGUAACGGUGCUGCUCGAUCUAAGCGUCACAAGAAGCCUGAAGGUCUCGACUUUGCCGAAACGUCUGAUGCCGAGUCUGAGAAAGAGGACGAAGAAAAGGAGGGAGACAACAGCGCAAAGAAGAAAAAGAAGAAGGACAUCUUCAACAGAGCGGACCUCCUGGCCAUCUGCGAAGACUGCGGCUUUGCCUUCUGCGGCCAGUGUUACCAGUCAUGGCACGGAGAAUUUGUCCGUUGCGCACCAAGACGUGACAAGGGCGAGCUCAGCGAGGAGGAAAAGGCCUCGCUCGAGUAUCUCCAGCUUCACACAAGUCCUUGUCCGACGUGCAACGCCCCCGCGCAAAAGACUCACGGCUGCAACCACAUGAUCUGCUCCCGUUGCGACACCCACUUCUGCUACUUGUGUUCGUCAUGGCUCGAUCCCGUCAACCCCUAUCAGCACUACAACCAGCAGCCCGGCGGAAAGGUCACUUCAUGUUACAUGCGGCUCUGGGAACUCGAGGGCGGCGACGGCGAUGACGUGGGCCUUGGCUUCAUCGGAGGAAGAGGUCCUGCACAGGCACAGGCACAGGAGCCGGCGGUACCGCUCGAGGUGGUUGAGUUCGAGUCUGACGAUGACAGCGACAACGAGGAUCAGGGCAAUGCCGCCGACGCCAACCAGCCGCAGGCUCAGUUAGGCGCUCAAGGUCAGGCCAUCGAAGUCGCUCGCGAAGGUCCCCUCGUUAUCCGACUAGUCGACAACCAUGCCAGAGACGGCCGCCGGGCGGUCCCUCCAGCUGCGCCUGACGCACCACAACAGCCAGCAGCGGGCCGCGGCCACCACGGCCCACCUCGAGGCCCGGCGGGUCGAGGACGCGGUGCAAGAGGCGGUGGAAGACACCAGCCAGCGGCGCCGGCACCCCGAGGGAGAGGAAGAGGGCGUGGAGGUGCUGCACGUCAACGACCGAAUCAGCAACAUCAACAUCAACAACAACACCAACCACCCGCUCAUCACAACCAACAGCAGCAGCAGCAACCGGCCCAGAACCAGGCCGUCAACAAUAACAAUAACAACAAUAACCAGGCCGGCCUCGACCCAGCCCAAGAGGCAUGGGUUCGUCGCUUCGUGCAGAUGGCCCUGCUGGACGAGGAAGACCUCGUCGAAGGCGACUCGGACGAAGAGGGCGACAACUGGAUAAUCCAAUAA